AACCUUCUUCACAUUAUCUCAACUUCCCACUUCUUUCUACACACCAACGAUUCCUUCUGUAACAUGAGUUCCCCUGGUAGAGAAGCUGAUGACAUGGAAUGGGAAGAGGAGCGUCGACGACAUCGUCAACGUCAACAAGUGAUGAUGAUGUAUGGAGGUAUGAUGCACACAUCCGCUUGAUGUAAGAUUAUUUCAACCCAAGUCCAACUUAUGAUGCUAGGUUGUUCAGAAGGCGAUAUUGGAUGCCCCUUCCUUAUUCAACCGAAUCAUGAAAGAUGUUGUUCAACACAACUCCUACUUCAAUUGGAGCUACGAUGUUGUAGGUCAUUCCUCAUUUUCACCACAUCAGAAGCUUACUAGUUCCUUGCGAAUGCUUGCUUAUGGAUGCUCGGCUGACUUUAUAGAUGAGUAUUGUCGAAUGGCCCAGACCACCACACUAGAGUGCCUGAGGAAAUUCGGCUCCUCCAUCAUCAACAUCUACAGCCAUGAGUACUUACGAGCACCAAAUGAGGAAGAUCUUCGCCGCCUUCUUCAACACAGCAAUCGACGUGGCUUCCCGGGUAUGAUUGGCUCCAUUGACUGCAUGCACUGGGAGUGGAAAAAUUGUCCAACUGGGUGGGCGGGUCAAUAUAGUGGAUACAAGGGUAAACCAACCAUUGUCCUUAAAGCUGUGGCGUCAUACGACACAUGGAUUUGGCAUGCCUUCUUUGGAAAUCCUGGAUCACACAACGACAUAAGCACUCUUGGAGUAUCCCCACUUUUCGAUAGAGCAGUCAAUGGACAACUCCCAAAAGUUAAGUAUACAGUUAAUGGUCACACUUACGAUCAAUGUUAUUACUUAGCUGAUGGGAUUUAUCCGGAAUGGUCUACAUUUGUGAAGACUAUUACUGCCCCCAAUAACCAGAAGAAGUUGUUUUCAAAAUGCCAAGAGGCAUACUGUAAAGAUGUUGAGAGAGAGCCUUCGGCAUACUUCAAGAAAGAUGGGCCAUUGUCAAAGGAUCGAGUCGUGUGUGGGAUGUGCAGACAAUGGGAGAAAUUAUGCUAACAUGUAUUAUUCUGCACAACAUGAUAGUGGUAGACCAACGGAACAACGGGGAAGAUGCACUAGCUAUGAUGGGUCAAUACGAUACUCAUUCAGAUUUCACAGUGGAUCCACCGGAUCAUGAUAUGCCGACACUCAUGUCUUACAUGGCAAGUCAUGGCAGAAUCCGUGAUCGUCAAGGAAAUCACUCAUUGAGAGAUGAUUUGGUUGAGCAUCAGUGGGCAAAAGAAGGCGGAGGAGAGUAGGAAUAUGUUGUGUCUUAAGUUUAAUGAAUGUGCUUUAAUUUC